AUGGCAGCGCCGGCUUCGCCCCGCUCCAAGAUGGCGGCGGGGCGGCCCCGCCCCUUGGCGGCCGAGCGGGGCGGCGGCGGCGGUGGUGGCGGCGGCGGCGCCCGGUGUCGCCGGUGUCCUUGCGGCGGGCGGGCGGCGGCGGGCGCGGAGCCAUGCUGGCCUUCGUGGCCAGGGCGGCGCACAUUGUCAGGGGGAAGAGGAAACCAAGACAGGCCGAGGGAGAGCUUUACGAUCAUUUCUGUCCUCCCAGCCAUGGAUAGGAAGCAGAAGCAAGCAGAGAAGGCCAGGCCCUAUGGCCUGCUGAAGCCGACGGCUUUAGGCAAGAUCCCGGGCAGAUUCCUGCUUCAUCAAGAAGCGCUGCCCCAUCUCCCCGUGCCGCCGCUGCAGCAGACGCUGGACCGCUACCUGCAGAUGCUGCAGCCCAUCAUCAGCGAGGAGGAGCUGAACCACACGCAGGAGCUGGUGGCCGAGUUCCGCAAGCCGGGAGGCGUCGGGGAGAGGCUGCAGAAAGGCCUGGAGAGGAGAGCCAAGAAAACAGAGAACUGGCUCUCCGACUGGUGGCUGAAGACAGCUUACCUGGAGUAUCGCCUGCCAGUCGUGGUGCACUCCAGCCCUGGUGUGGUCUUACCUAAGCAGGAUUUUCUGGAUCGACAAGGUCAGCUCAGGUUUGCUGCCAAGCUGAUCGAGGGCAUCCUGGACUUCAAGACCAUGAUUGACAAUGAGACCCUUCCAGUGGAGUACAUGGGUGGGAAGCCCCUCUGCAUGAACCAGUACUACCAGAUCCUCUCAUCCUGCCGCAUUCCUGGGCCCAAGCGGGACUCCAUUGUCAACUACGCCAAAGGCAAGAAGCAGUCCAGACACAUCACAGUGGUUCACAACUUCCAGUUCUUUGAGCUGGAUGUUUACAACAGCGAUGGAAGUCCCCUUACCACUGACCAGCUCUUUAUUCAGCUGGAGAAGAUAUGGAACACCUCCCUCCAAACAAACAAAGAACCUAUCGGGAUCCUCACCACCAACCACCGAAACAGCUGGGCAAAAGCUUACAACAACCUCCUGAAAGAUAAGACCAACAAGGAAUCUGUGCGUACGAUUGAGAAGAGCAUAUGCACUGUCUGCCUUGACGCCCCAAUGCCACGGGUGUCUGAGGACAUCUACAAGAGCCGCGUGGCCGCUCAGAUGCUGCACGGUGGAGGCAGCCGCUGGAACAGCGGGAACCGAUGGUUCGACAAAACCCUUCAAUUCAUCAUUGCUGAAGACGGCUCCUGUGGUCUCGUAUACGAGCACGCUCCUUCAGAAGGCCCACCCAUCGUUGCUCUUCUGGAUCACAUCGUGGAGUACACGAAGAAACCUGAACUGGUGAGAUCACCGAUGAUUCCUCUGCCAAUGCCCAAGAAGCUGCGGUUUAACAUCACUCCAGAAAUCAAGAACGACAUAGAGAAGGCAAAGCAGAACCUCAACAUAAUGGUUGAAGACCUGGAUGUUAAAGUCAUGGUCUUUCAUCAGUUUGGGAAAACCUUCCCCAAGUCAGAAAAGAUAAGUCCUGAUGCUUUUAUCCAGCUGGCCCUGCAGCUAGCAUAUUACAGGAUGUAUGGCCACGCCUGUGCCACAUAUGAGAGUGCAUCGCUAAGGAUGUUCCGUCUGGGCCGCACAGACACCAUCCGCUCCACUUCUGUCGACUCUCUUAAGUUUGUGCAAUCCAUGGACAACCCUGACAAAUCGGACCAGGAGAAAGCAGACUUACUGAGGAGAGCUACCCAGGCCCACAGGGAAUACACGGAUAUGGCAAUAAGGGGGAACGCAAUAGACCGCCACCUCUUAGGUUUGAAGCUUCAAGCUAUUGAGGACCUAGUGAGCAUGCCUGAGCUGUUCAUGGACACAGCAUAUGCUGUUGCAAUGCACUUCAAUCUCUCAACCAGCCAGGUCCCAGCAAAGACAGACUGUGUGAUGUGUUUUGGUCCCGUGGUUCCAGAUGGCUACGGAGUCUGUUACAACCCGAUGGAUGAACAUAUCAACUUCGCAAUUUCAGCAUUCAACAGCUGUGCUGACACAAACGCAGCUCGUAUGGCACAUUAUCUUGAGAAAGCACUGCUAGACAUGAGGAUCUUGCUCCAGUCCACUCCCAAAUCCAAACUGUAAGAGGCAAAUAUGAUGCACAGUCCCCAGCUAAAGGCGCUGUCCCUCAUGCACUGAAGUUCCCAGUUCCUCAGAAAAUGAUUGAGAGGACAGCUUGCCCUGACUGGAACCCAGGAGGGCAUCUACCAUUUGUUUUCAGCAAGACAUUACAGAAUUGCCAUCCGCAGAUAUUAGACUGUGCAGUGAGAGGAAGCAUUGUCUUAAACCAAAGUGGAACUGACCUGUCCUCUCCCAUCAAUGCAAAGUGCACCUUCCUGUCCUCAAAGAGGACUGAAAUAGGAUCUUUUUAUGGAACUUACUGUAAAAGAAUAUAGAAAGCACAGUCCUUACCAGUAUCUAAAUCCAUUUGGUGAGGAACGGAGUUCUUCUCCAGGAAAAGCAGGGAAUGUUUGUUUUAUGAUGGAACUACUGUUAAGACCAAGCCUUUUUCCGGUUUAGUCUUCUGGAGAGUGCAGCAUCUUUGAAACUUGUCUGAAGAGUUCUCGUAUACUCCAGCAAAACAUCACCAUUGAACUUUGGCAAGGGGAGAAAGAAGUUCUUAAGUCAGAGCAGACCCAGUCUUGUUAAGAGUGCACUUUACCAACCCCAGACACCUGGUCAUUAUGUGCUUUAUAGGCCUGGGAACAUUCCCUUCCCCUCGUUUUAAGAUGCUGAGAUCUCCUUUCUGUUGCACUGACCCAACUAACACGAGUACAUCACCCACUACAAGCUAAGGUAGUUUUUUUUGUUGUUGUUUGCUUUGUUCUGGGCUUUUUGUCGAAGCUUGCUGUUGCAGGCCUAGUCAUACAAAACUUCUCUCUCACACAGGUUUUGCUAAGUUUGGCUUUAGGUACCUUAACUUUUGUGGAGAUGAAAAGGAAUUGCCUAUGCAUUUUAGCAGAACAGUUGCUUCUUUGUACCUUUCUUUGGAGCUGAGGAAAAGAAACAGAUGCUGACGUUCUGUUUACUAGUCAGAGAGCCACAUGCCUAUUCUCCUUCAGGGCACACAUUACAUCUAAGGUGGUUUUAUACCUUGCUUUCAGAAACCACAUUUAUGCAUAAAAGGUUAUGCCUAAGUUGUGGAUAAACAGAAAUAUUUCUGAUCAGCAACUCCAGAAUACGCUUUUGAUUUUGGCCCACAGAAAUCAAAUCUGUCAGAGCCAAAGAAAAAUCAGCUGCAGAAUAUCCCUUCUACACAUCACUCUGUGUUAGAGGCACAGAAGCAUUUGAAAAGAGGAAGAAAGCUGAGAACGUGGAGGCACUUUACAUGUUUGUCCACUUUAGCAGCCGCUGUUCUGCAGUAACAGUACGGCACCGUUUCUGGAAUUCUUUCUUACUGCAGCAUUACUCAGAUUUGUGCCAGCUCUAUUCUGUGAAAGACAUGGAGCUUGUAAUAGCGUUUUCAUGUUCAGCUGAUGUACUUAAGACAGUAAAAGAUUAUAUAAAAAACAUUAACAUACAAUUUUAGCAUAGGAACUUUUGUAAGCAUUACGUCCAAUCAAUCUGCCAGAAUCCAGGCUCCUUUUAUUUUUAUUUAGUAAAACUGUAUGGUAAUGAAGAAUUCUAGUGCUAUUUCUGCAACAGGAAUUAAUUUAAUAUUUAAACUGCACACCCUUCAAGAUGUGACUGUUAGAACAUCACCAUAAACAAGAAGCAUUACAAGUCUGAUGGCCUGUUUUGUUAGAGGGAAAUAUUUCAUCAUAAUUGCUACUUUUAUGAUGAUAGACUAGCAAGGGACGUGAUCAAAGUGCCUUGGUAAACAUGUAUGAAGUUUGCACUAAACCAGUUUAGAGAAAAAUAUUAUUCUGAUCUGCUUCUUGAAAGACACAUGCGUAUUGCAUUUUUUUCUAAAAGGAUUUUACUUUAAAACUUCAUAUACCUAAAUAAACCUUAAAAAGGAAAAUUUAACUGAAACUCACCUGCACAGCCAGUGAUUGUAUGAACUGCCACUUUCACAUCAUUUACAUGGAUUUAGUUGAUCUUUUAGAAGAAUCCUGAAUGGAGUAAGAUAGUGGGGAAAACAAAACAAAACAAAAAAAACACGCACAGUGGGAACGCUACAAACCUGUGAACACACAUCCCUGCUCUGUUACUCCUCUGCUGUGAAGUAGACUGAAAACUGCAAGAGGAUACUUGGUAUUAUCAAAGUGUAAGCUAUUGUAAAUACUACGUAAAAGACCACACCUUGCUGAAAUAACAGUAUCUACUUUUAUGGAGCCUUUUAAUUUGAAAAAUAUUUGUUUUGCUAAAGUAAUCCUUCCCCGGUACUGAAUCAGCCUCUGUGCUAGGGGAUGAGUUACUUUUGUGUCUGCAAUGCCUUCAACCACCAAUACUACAGUAUUGCCACUUAAGUAUUUGUAACUGGCCCUUUUCUACUGUCUUAUGAAAGGCAAAGGGUCUCAAAGGAAAGUGCCUAUUAAAAAUUAAGCAGAAGCACACUCUGCUAUGAAUAUAUCUCAGAAGAUGGGAUUGAUCUGUCUUGGAUCUAAAUCUGGAUAUCCCACUAGCUUCAGCAGAGUGCCUGCAAGAAGAACAGUAUCACAGUGAAAGACGAGAUUCUUAAAGCAUUUUAUGCAUUCUUAAGGAUAUAUGGAGGUGAAAUUCAGAUGAAAAACUUUUUUGAAGUGCUUGAAAGGACACUAAAAUCAUUACAAGGUUUCUCCUUUUUUUAAAAAAAAGUCUUUUAUUGUGCAAGUUCUAAAAUGUGAUAGUAUUCUGAUUCAUACUUCCAAUUUUUUCCAGCGUCAGCUUACUGAGUACUAUUCUCCUCCCUGGUUUUGAUUGUCUGAUUGCUUUAGUGAGAGAUGUCCAUAGUCUUAAAGCCACGUUAAGUACACAAAACUUAACUUCUGGAAAAACUACUGAUUUGGAGCAAACAAAGAAAUGCAUAGACUGAGAACAUUCAACUAACUCCUGGGGUAUAAGUGCAAUUUCUGAUAGAGCCUGGUAGUGUUUGCAUGCUUUGCUGGUUAGCUGUAUUAAGUUCUGUUUUGAUAGUGUAAUCCAUGUCGUGCAAAGUUUUGAAAUGUUCUUCAAAUAAGCUUCGAAUAAACACAAUAAACAAGUGUUACAAAAAGGCUUAAAUCUUAGUCACUGCAGAAGUUACAUUACUGCCCUUACAGGAGAACGUUUGUGUGUGGGGACAGCAAGAACAGCCAACCAUGACAUUCUGUCAUCUUCCUUUUAUUGUCUUAACAUCUCCAUCCAGCCCUUGAGUACAGGGGAGGAACUUGAAAGCAUCUGCUUGCAAAGCCAUCUAUUCCAGAGGAAAUAUUUUAGAAACUAGUGGCAGGAGACUUCGUACAAGUAUAGGAUAAUAAGGCAGAGCCGGAAUCUUUUUCCUGCACAGCACCAUUUAGUUAAGAAAAAUCCAUGGGAUCACUAACAAAUUUCUACCACCAAGUAUUGCAAGUAUUUCUGGAAAGGUACAGGAAGAGCAGGCAGAAGAUGCAGAUAACAAACAGAUCACAGAACACAGGAGAGUUUAUUACAGAGUCUUACAAGAGCUCUUCUCCCUCUCUUACUCCUAAGCAUUACUGUAGGGAGCUUGGGUUUGAAGGCAACAUGAAGAGGAACAGCUUUGUACGUUAUACUGCUCUCCAUGAGGAGAUGCAGUCUCUUCCCUGUGCUCUAGUUCAAUUGGUGCUUCCACACAAUUUUUCCAGCUGUCUUUCAAAACAGCUUACAAGAAGCUGGGAAAGUGCUAGUCACUCUUUAAACAAUCUUCUUUCAGCCUUGUCCUUGGAAAAGAGAGCUGUGAUCCUCUUUCUUGCUUUGUAAGUUAACUUGUAAGAGAUACAAGGAGAAAAUAAUUGGGUUUGCAAGUAGUAAGUGAUUAGUACCAGCUUUCAGAUUCAAACAUAUGGUACCGCCAUGUCACAUGGCCUACUUGAUGUCCUGUCCCAAUUUUAAUAGAGCUAUUUUAAGUCAGACUGAAUGUCCUUGUGAAAGCUGUAAGGUGCCUCUUUAUUCUGAUACACCUUCAAAGCAGAUCCAGUGCUCAGGUCCUUCAGAUGUUAACAGAAACAGGACUGCCUAUGUUAUGGGGAAAAAAAAACUAAACAGUUCUUAAAUCUGGUUUGAUGCAAGUGAAAAACAGUUUACUAUGCAAAGCUACCUGAACAGACAAGCUUAAACAGCUUAAUUCCUGAUCUCCUAGAUCAGGAUCACUACUUUCUACAGUUAGUACUCUGGUUGUCCAACAGUUUCUACAGCAGCCAACUCCCACUCCGUAUGAACACACAAAUUCCUAUGGCAACAGGCACAGAUGAAAACUUAAAAAAAAUAAAUAUAUAUAUAUAUAUAUAUAUCAAAACCAAGGUGAACAGAAAUACAUCUCACUUCAAGCAGCUUUAUAAUGCAGGAGUCUGUUUAAAGUGAAGAUAGUAAAAACAGGCAGCAAGACUGAGAUGUGACAGUCAUUUUACCUCUGCUCACAUGACUGCAUCGAAGGCACACCGAUGACCUUUGAGCCAGUUCAGAAGCUGUCCUUUAUCUGUGAAAGUUCAAGUCAGUUGUGCUUUGAAUAAAUAUUUCUCUGUAGUUACACUUGAACUGCUGCAUUAUAUACUAGAAAUACAGAAAGUGUCCAUGCACAGCCCUGAAGCACGUUGAGUAUAGCCCUUGCCAGGUUAACUCAUGGAUCACUGAAGUUGGAGCACACACAGAUGGCAGGCACACUCCCACAGAGACACAGCAUCCAGAGAGCUGACUGGCCAAACGAGGAAUCAAAAUGGAAGAAGGAUGGAAAGCAAAACUUGCUUGCAGGAGUUUGGCACUCAAGAUUAUGCCUGCAGAACCCCAAACAACCCCCUGUAAGAACUGGUAGGAGUAUCUGCUAAAAUAAGCUCACUACUGAGUUCACAACCGGACUCUAACAAGACUUCAGAAGAUUCAAACAGCAACUGAGCUAGUUAUUAGUUGUUCACCUUAUUAUUUCUUUAUGGUUGUCACUGUUCAUUCUUAAAAAAAUCCCUCCCUUGAGCUUUAACAAAAACAUAAAAUAAAAUAAAAAUCCAGUGCUUAAGACAGAGACUAGCAACUGAAUUUUGUAAGGCUUUGGGCUGACUUAUUGGAGCAUAGCAUUGCUUAUAACCAAUGGGCUUUCGAGCGCCAUCGGUAGCACACCAAGUACAACAACAGAAGCUGUACAGAUCCCAGCAACCCUGAGGUAAUAAAAGAAUAAAGGAAGAGAUGAAAUAAACAUGAGAUAUGUAUGGUAAUCUUGCCACCUAGAAGAGAUUCUCAGAAAGACAGCCUUGCUAAUUACACACCAGGAGCAGCAGUGGAAAAAAAUAUAUAUAUCAGUGUAUUUCGGUUCUCCUUUGUUUUUUUUUUUUUUUUUUUUUUUUUACACACACACUCCCCUUAAUGGAAUCCGUGCAGGCUUCCCCACAGAACCAUCACUAGUGUUAAAAAUCAAAUCUUUAGUGCUUUCUUUCUAUCUGUACAAAGUGCAGUUGGAAUUGAAUUUGAUCUCCCAAACUGGUGGCAGAAAGGAAAGAAAACCUUCCUCUCCCUUCUACCUAUGUUACACCAUCUUAGGUCCCCUCCCCUCUUGAGAAAUUUUUCAAAACUAAAAGCCCUAAUUAAGCACGACCAACUGGAGAUUAGUUUUGU